AUGCGGUCGGUCGCGCCCUCGCCCGGCAACGCACGCCCUCUGGGAGGCUCUGCCGCCUCCCUCGCUGGCGCGGCUUCCUUCGGGUCCAGCUCCGAUUUCGGGCUUUUUGGGCACAAAGCGAUGACGGGCGAUGAAGUCACGCGGCGCUGGGAAUUUCUCCGCGCAGCCUUUAACCACAUCUUCGCUCACGAGGCGGGUACACUCAGCUACGAGGAAGUCUAUCGAUACGCGUACUUGCUGGUGAUAAACAAGAAAGGCCGCCUUCUGUACGACGGGACGCGACAGUGCAUUGAUGCGCACCUGGGGCUCGUGGCGACGGAGAUUGCAGAGCAGGAGAACGAGGAUCUGUUCCUCGUGGCGCUGCUGGAGAAGUGGAGAGAUCAUCGCGUUAACAUGCAAAUGAUCAAAGACGUUCUCCUCUACUUGGACAAGCAUUACGUGGAGAUGCACCACUUGACGCCGUCCUUCUCGAUGGGGAUGAACCUGUUUUGCUCAACGGUUCUUCAACAUCCGAGCAUUCAACUGCGUUUUCGGCAUUUGCUCAUCGACAAAAUCCGCAGGGAGAGAGAGGGACAGCAGAUUGAUCGGAUGGUGAUGCGGGAGGCGAUUUCGAUGCUUUCGCAGUUGCGACUGCAUGUGCAUCGACAAGUGUACACGGAGGAGUUUGAGACGCCAUUCCUGGCUGCAACUCGCGAGUUUUAUGUUCGCGAGGCUGCGGAGUACAUCGUGUACAAUUCCUCGCCCGAGUAUCUCCUAAAGGCUGAGAAUCGAAUUCGCGAGGAAGCACAGCGCGUCGAAGACUACCUCGAUCCUGAGACGGCAACGCCGCUGCGAGCUCUGAUGGAGGAAGUUUGGCUCGGCCAGCACUUCAAGACUCUCGUAUAUAAUCCGAAUUCGGGUUGUGCGCAUUUGUUUCAAGCCGACAAACUCGCAGAUCUCGCGCGCAUGCAUCGGCUUUUCUCGACCGUCCCGGGAGCUCUCGAGGAAGUCCGUCAGGUCAUGAAGGACUGCAUCACCAAAUACGGCGAGUCCAUUGUGCGGGAUCCCGAGAAGACGCGAGAUCCCGUGACGUUUGUCACAAACUUUCUCGCGCUCAAAGCAAAGUUCGACCAAAUCGUCAUCCGCGCGUUCGGCGAGAGCAAAGACGCCUUCGGUGCGCUCGUGGCGGCGUUCGAAACCGUCUUAAAUACGGACACACGGGCAGCCCGGUUUCUCUCGCUGUACCUGGAUGAUUUGUUUCGGAAGAGCCUUCGCGGGCUCUCUGAAGUCGAGGCCGAACAAAAACUCGAUGAAGUGCUUGUUCUCUUUCGGUACCUGCGUGACAAGGAUAUCUUCGAGGCCAUGUACAAACAGCACCUCGCGCGCCGCUUGCUGGGGGGUCGUUCCGCAUCUGAAGAAGAGGAGAAGAAGAUGAUCGUAAAACUGAAGGCUGAAUGCGGCCAACAGUACACGUCGAAGCUCGAGGGCAUGUACCGAGACAUGCAGGCGUCGGACGACAUCAUGCGGCAAGAGGCUGCUCGACCCUUCUCUCUCUUGGAUAUCCGUUUCCAGCAACUGGGCCGUGGUCUCGCCUCCGCGUCUAGCGAUGUUGCCUCGUCUUCCGACCUACCUCCAGACGGUGCCAACCUCGCAUCCGAGCCUAACGCGAGUUGCAACUCCGAAUCCUCUUCCUCUUCUUCCCUUUCCUCUUCCUCUUCUUCCUCUUCUUCCCUUUCCUCUUCCUCUUCUUCCUCUUCUUCCCUUUCCUCUUCCUCGUCUUCCUCUUCUUCCGCUUCUUCUUCCCCCUCCUCUGCUUCGUUUCGGGGCUGCGAGGCGCCUUCACGGAGGCCCGAAGAUCUUGAGUUUUCGGUUCGCGUGAUUACGCAGGGGACCUGGCCGGUGGAUCCGCAAACGCUCAUUGCGGAGCCUGAGCUGUUGCCAGGUGUCCUUGCGCGCGAGGCGAAGACAUUCGAGACUUUCUAUUUGGGACACCACAACGGCCGAGUGCUGAAGUGGAACCUCGGGCUGGGAAAGGCGACUGUCCGGGGACUCCUGCGCCACAGUCGGCACGAUUUCGAGUGUACAACGCUGCAGAUGAUUUUCCUCCUGGCCUUCAACUUCCUCCCUCCAGCGCCCGUCUCUGUCCGUGACCUUCUCGAACCUUUUUUCGCCGUCUCUUCAACGCUGUCGCUCGCCGAGCUAAAAAGGCAACUCAUCAGCCUAACCACUCCCCGGUGCAAAAUUCUGCUUCGAACGUCCCCUGGGGACUCUUCGAAUGCGCCAGAACUGAAGGACACGGACUCUCUGACGGUGAAUCUCGACUACACGAACAAACUGCGUCGCGUGCGAGUGCCCCUAAUUGCCGUCUCGGCGACGGCGGGGAGUGGCGAGGCCGGAGACGGGUGGCCGACGCCGCACGUGGAGGUCCAGGCCGGUGCAGACGUCCCCUCGAGCGUCGAGCAAGAUCGGAACUAUUUGGUCGAGGCGGCCGUCGUGCGGGUGAUGAAGACGCGAAGGCGGCUGGGCCACAACGAUUUGCUCGUUGAAGUCACGCGCCAUUUGGCGCCGCGUUUCCGGCCCUCGCCAGCUUUGAUCAAGCGACGAAUUGAGAAGCUGAUCGAACGAGAAUUCCUCGAAAGGGAUGUCGCUGACAGGAGAAUGUACAACUACCUUGCCUAG